AUGAGCACCCUACCCGCGUUCAAGGAGGCAUGUCUUGCCUCCGAUAUAACCAGAAAAUCAGUGUCUCUUGUAGGAUCCGUCAACGGAGGAGAACUUGAAGUCUAUUCCAUCAGCCUCGGCGACCUCUCCGCGGCCACUUCGACUUUCAAGGUAAAGGACGUCACCCCCUUGAUUGCCUGGAGCCCCAGUCUCCCCAAGUACUGUUUUGCUUCGCCCUCCGAUAUGAGUACCAUCUUCUCAUCUGUCGAUGUGACCGUCGUCCAGUUUGGAGAGACUGAGACCUUCAUGGGUUCUUUUGGAACUGGAGAUCGGUCGAGUGUUCCUGUAUCCGUCCCUGCGCUUGCGGGUGGGUCCCCGAAGCUGUUUGCGCUCAGUGCGGCCUCCUCGAAGAAGGAGAUUUUCAAUGCCUACGUCAAAGGUGAUCCAGGACCCGGCAAGGCAUGGAGAGGGUUGCUUGUGGACCUUGAGCAGCCGAUCGCGUCUAAACAAAUACGUGCGGAUAAAGGUACUGGAUACUCUGUUAUCAUUGACGGAGGUGGAACCUCAGGAACCACCUUCCCUGCCAACGGUGACACCUCCAUCUCUGCAACCAGUGAUAGUCCUUUUCUUACUUUUGGUUCAUCGGUCCCUGUGUUGAUGAACGGCAACGUACUUUCCGAUAAAGCCGUGCCUGUUUCUAUGACAGGAAUCUCGUACAUCUUGGAUCAGGACACUUCUACCCGAACCGUAGUUAUCUAUUCCAUCAAAUCAUUAGAUACCUACGGCCUAGGAGGAGUCCACGACUUCGCCGCGAAUCUCACCAAGAUCAUUCCUAGUUCUGGCUAUACCCCUUUGUACUCCGGAUCCCUGGUGGCGACAUAUCUCGGUAAAACAAUCGUCACUUAUUCCCUCGGUAGUGACAACAAACCCAGCAUGAACUCCUUUGACAUCGCCACAUCGAAAUGGACCGAGGUGAACUUUACGGCUGGGUCAUCUUCGGGAGGAGGAGGAGGAGGACUCAGCACUGCGUUGUCGGUAGUCGUCUAUGUGGCCUCGUUUCUAGUGAUUCUUUGCCUCAUCAGGUGCUUCUGGGGCACUAUCAAGGGGUUGUUCUUUUGUAUCACGGGCAAACCAAAGAACGAUGAAGUGUAUGUGGUCCAAGAAGUGCCCGAUCAGAGCAUUGCCCUUGAGAAGAUCAACGACUAUCCUCAGCGACCACAGCCGAUUGUCUACAUCGACAACAGUGUCAACACCACCAUUGACAAUAACAGUUCUAACAACAAUAACGUCAACACCAACAACAGCGUCAACAACAGCGUCAACAACAACAGCGUCAACACUAACAACAGUGUGAACCAUAACAACAGUGCGAACAACAACAGUGUCAACAACAACAGCGUCAACAACAAUAGCGUCAACAAUCACAGUGUCAACAACAGUGGCAACGUAAUGGGAAUCCAACCAGCACCAGGAGCAGCAACACCUUCAACCGUUUUCGGUACUCCUGCACCUCAAUAUCCUUCCUCCCCCUAUUCCCAGCCGCCUUACUCCCCAUCUCCUCAAUACCACGCCGACCCUUACUCGUACUCUGCCCCCUCCUCUCAUUUCCAAUCCGCUGGGUCUCCUCCAACACCGAUGGCUACUACUCCUCAGCAGUUUUACGCUGCUCCUCCUCCUCAGAAUUAUGCUGCGCCGGCUUUCCCUCAGCAUCAAGCUGCCUCUCCUCCUCCCCAGGUCUAUGACACUUCUUAUGGAUCACAGCAGCACCAGCAGCACCAGCAGCCCAACUGGUAG